GGGAAAGGAGAGCAUCUCUGUCAGUCAGGGCGUAUAUAAGUCACCGGAGAAAAACAGCAGCAGAAACACACACGCGAGCUCUGACAGCACAUAAACACAGCAGCAAUGGCACCAACUGUCUGCAAAGCCACUCACACGGGAAAAGAAAGAACUAAACUGAGGAAACCGGUGGUGGAGAAGAUGCGCAGAGAUCGCAUCAACAAAUGCAUCGAGCAGCUUAAAAUCCUACUUAAAACCGAAAUAAAGGCCAGUCAGCCCUGUUCUAAACUAGAAAAAGCUGAUAUACUAGAGAUGGCUGUUAUUUACCUGAAGAACACCGCUGAUGCGCAUGCGCGGAGCUACUCGGAAGCGCAUGCGCAGAGCUAUGCUGACGGAUAUUCAAGAUGCAUUGAGGAAACGGCGCGAUUUCUGUCAGCUCACAAACAAACCCAAAAACACUCUAAACCUGUUGACAGCUGUCAGAUCACGUCAGAAAUCGCCAAGCAUGGAUUGUGGAGACCCUGGUGACCUUUCUUAAUUAAAGCCAAACGUGUUGUUUUUAUAAAACGUCGACGUAGACAGCAGCUGUCCUGACGCAUAGAAUGUACAAGUCUACCCCAUGUCUGAGUCUGAGAGCACCUGUAUAUCUAUUGCUUUACUUCACGCGCGUGGAGAUGAACUUUUAUUUACAUAUUGUAAAAAUGAGGGUUAUAUGGCACCUCAGUACGUUUCUGCUGAAAUCUUCUUUUUAAUGAGAUGUGUAGCCUGCAGAGGUGUUGAAUCUGUCAUAUUGACGGAAUGUUUAAGUAUCUCAUGUUGAGUUGAAACCAAAACAAAAAAUAAAGUCUCACUACUA